UUAACAGACUAGAGGAGAUGAUUUAAGGCUCUGAGCGAUGCAGAAGGUUUUCAUCUGAAGGUUUAAUGAAGUUCUAGAGAAGCCUGAAGAGUUUCUGAGAGAAACAGAGCAGAUGUGCUGAUAAACCCGAGCAGAACGAGAGAAUGAGGGCACGUGAAAGGCGUUUGAGGUUUCCUCUUCCUGUAAAGACACAGAGACAGAGACGUGAGAUCGUUUCACAUCGACUUCAGCACAUUAAAGCUUCAGCAGCCAUGAUUCUCAUCAGCUUCAUGUUUCUGCUCGCCGCGGCUCUGAAUCCAGCUCUGAGUCAAGAAAUAGAAGAGAUCAAAUCAAAUGCUGUCGUUAUCCGUUGCACUGGAGGUGAAAAUAAAACAGUCACGUGGUAUGAGGAUGACAAGACAAAGGACAUUGAAGACUAUAGAAAUAAACAAACCAUUGAAGUUAAAGCUGUUCAGGGGAUAGCUCAAGGAUUCUACAGAUGUAAAUAUGACAAUAUAGAACAUGUGUUCUACCUCAGAGUACAGGUCUGUGAGAACUGCUAUGAGUUGAGCAGGCUGAGGGCGACGGGGAUCAUACUCGGAGACGUGGUGUUUACAGGAGUAGUUAUUCUCUUCAUCUUCCUCGCCACCAAGAACUGUGGCGGUCCACAGAAGAGAGCAUCCAAUCCCAAACCAGCGAACCCUCCUCCUCCUCCUAACCCUGACUAUGCGCCUCUGGAUCCAAAGACGCGGAACAAUGCUGUCUACUCAGGAAUCAGAUAGACACGGCUUUCCUGUAAAUCAAACUCUGGUGAUUCAUAGUGUUUCUUAAACGUUUGUUUGGGUUCUGUCUUCUUCAUGUUGAUGUGACUCACAGAUCAGUGUUGUGUGUGGAAAGAUGUGCUCAGAAACAUCGGAAACUCAAGAUGGAAACAUCAGCAUGUCGAACACUGAACAAACACGGCUGUCAUCUGUGCUUUCUGUUAGGAAACACGCUUUUAUGUUCUUAAUCUUCUUACUUUCACAGAAUUUGUCAUGUUCUGAUGUUUUUUAUCUGGUUCAGAAUUAUUUAAAGCAGCAGCUGAAUGAAGCGAGCGGAGGAAAUACAGACGGAAAUAAAGAUGAUUUUCUGUAA